AGACAAGCGUUGUCCAGCAUGUCCAACUACAUUCCGAGCGCGGUGGCCAACAUCGUCGCUGUUCCCGUGCAAAUGUCCAUGGAUGGACAGUCUCCCCUGGAAUCCUGCGGAUGGGAGGCAGUAGACAUUCACUCGCACGGUGAAAACUGGAGUGUGGUUGGCGAGUCUACUCAAGUUCUCAUGGCGAAGCUCCUCAGCGAGCAGGAAGUGCUGACGGAGCCGGGGGGGAUGAUGAUUCACUCCUCAGGCAUCAAGCCGUCCAUGAACAUGGGAGGACUGUGGUUGGGUAUACGUCGAGCGUUCUGUGCUGGGGAGUCGUGCUGUCGCGUGCAGUGGAAGAAUCAUGAAAGUCAGCCCAAGAUCAUGACGAUUCAUCCCUCCUUCCCGUCCAAGGUUGUGCCGGUCAACCUGGACGAAUUCCAGGGAUCCAUGUACAUGAAGCGAGCAGCCUGGAUGGCUUCACUGAAUACACAACUGGAGUUUGACAUCAAAAUGGCUCCAUCCUGUACAGCUGCUUGGUGUGCGGGGCAGGGUUGCUGCUUGACCCUGGUCAAGGGUCGAGGACUCACCUUUCUCAAUGUUGGCGGAACAGUGCUGAAGAAAACUCUGAGAGACGGUGAGAAGGUUUUCAUCGACACGUCUGCGCUGGUUGCCUGGGCCACGACGGCCACCAUCAGCGCGGAGCGAGCGGGGAACUGCUGCACCAUUUGUUGUGGUGGGAUGGGGUUGGCCAACACGACCAUCACUGGUCCGGGAGUUGUCUACAUUCAGAGCAUGUCGAGAGAGAAGGCUGCGCAGGGAUACAUGAUGGCUGCUCGCGCAAACAGCAAGUAGAUCGCUUCCUGGCCCUGAUCCUCACAUCUAAACCUUUUGAUGUGAUUCACAACUCGGCCCUUGACCUCUACACCUGGGAUUCGGGAACGACAGUGCGGGACUGGCACGUCAGGUUCCGAGGCAUCCGAGAACUCAGGAGCCGCUAAGGGCUCCGAACUUCGGCGGAUCCAGAACUGAAUAAACUGAUCAUAGCCUG